UUUUCAUGAUAGAACUCAAGGGACGCAUUCCUAAUUCUGCCAUUGUCAUUAUUCGGAAUUUACUGCAGCUACAAUGGACCUCAAGCCCCAUUCUAACAAGCUGAUCGAUAGAAUAGACGCCGUACUGGAGGAGUUACGUGUUAAUUAUCCACGCGAAUCAGGGGCUCAAAAGUUGUAGAAACACCCCCCUCCUUUUUUUUCGAAUAUUUUUUCCUCUCUUCCUUUUGUUUUCAUUUGGGGAUCAUCACACACAAUCCUGUUUUAAUUUUCCCGCUGAUCUCCUCGCCCUUCCUUUCAUUGCGCCUGCUUUGUUUGCGAGUAGGUUAGUCGACCAAAACUGAGAUAUGUAAGCAGAAUCCGGUUCGGCUCAGCUUCGGCACUAAAUGUAUUUACUUCAUGACGCCAGACUUGAGUCACACCAUCCAACGCAUCAACGUCUCUCACAAAUUUUACCAGAGGUUGAACAAGUUUAAGAUUUUCAGAGUCAGCGCGGACAGCCAUGUCCGAAGCCAGCCCCCUGACGCCCGCGGCAUCCGUCGCAGCCGCAAUCCACGACGGCCGGCGGCAUCUACUCUUGGCGGCGAGCGGAUCCGUGGCGACGAUCAAGCUUCCGCUCAUAAUCUCGGCCCUGCGGCACCACGCCAACCUGUCGAUCCGCGUCGUCCUCACCAAGGCCGCGGCCAGGUUCCUCGCCGGCCAGUCGCCGGAGCAGCCCACCGUGGCCGCCCUGGCCGCGCUCCCAAACGUCGACGGCGUCUACCAGGACGACGACGAGUGGGUCGGCGGCUGGACGAGGGGCGCCGAGAUACUGCACAUCAGCCUCCGGCGGUGGGCUGAUAUCCUGGUUGUGGUGCCGCUGAGCGCAAAUACGCUGGCCAAAAUCGUCAAUGGGAUGUCUGAUACCCUACUCACAAGCGUGAUCAGGGCGUGGGAUACCACGGGGCUAAUUGAUGGGAAGAAGGCGAGGAUUCUUGUGGCUUUGGCAAUGAAUACGGCGAUGUGGACCCACCCUAUUACUGCAUCUCAGAUAAGGGUGCUUGAGGAGGAUUGGGGGGUUAAAGAUGGUAGCAGGGAUGGAGAGGAGGAGAAGGGCGAUCCCGCAAGGCAGGGUUGGUUUGAGGUCUUGAGGCCCAUUUCUAAGACCUUAGCCUGUAACGAUGUCGGGCUAGGCGCCAUGAUGGAGUGGACAGCUAUUGUGAAGAUUAUCGAGGAGCGUAUGGGGCUCUCCUCAUAGAUCCACACAAGCCAGAUAUAUCGUCCAAGGACGGGGUAA